AAAUACCCACUUAUAUUAUUACGGGUCGGGUUUCUGGAUUAGUGGUCUUUUCCCUGCCAAAAUUCCAAAACCCUAGCAAUCAACAACCAAUAGCUUCACAUCUGCUGUAAAACAACUCUGUCCAUGGAUGGUGUGGCGUCUUCAUGGGACUUCAACUGGAGUGAAUUUUAUGAGGUAUACUUUCUGCAGCAACUUGGAAGUAGAUCUUGGAUCUGAAGAAAAUGCUCAGAUUGUCUAUACUGCAUUGGCUGUUGAUAAGGAGUUGCAGCCUGAUAAAGUGAAGAGGCAUAUGUCUGUAUCUAACGGGAAGCUUUCAGUGAAUUUUGAGGCUGUUGAAGCAAGAUUUCUUCGUGCAUCAUUUAGUGCAUUUGUAGAUGUACUCACACUCGCAACAAAAACCAUUGAAGAAUUUGGUCCAAAGAAGGAAUAGAGACCUCUUUUGAACAUUGUUGGACAUUGUUCAUUUAUUGAUGUGCCAUAUAGAGAAAGCCCAUUGAUGUUGUAAUUGACUUUGUGCCAGCUGAUAAAUUAAUUUCAG